CCUCAAAAUCCUUAUCAGGUUUCUUCUCUGCAGACAUGGAAGUGAGAAAUCGUAGCAUCCUGACUGAGUUCAUUUUGGUGGGCUUCUCAGCGGAACCUCAGUGGCAGCUGAUUCUAUUUGUAAUAUUUCUGACACUCUAUUUGAUGACCUUGUCAGGGAACAUGACCCUGGUUAUCUUAAUUCGUAUUGACUCCCACCUGCACACACCUAUGUAUUUUUUCAUUGGCAAUCUGUCUUUUUUGGAUUUUUGGUACACCUCUGUUUAUACUCCCAAAAUCCUGGCCAACUGUGUCUCAAAAGAUAAGCGCAUUUCUUUGGCUGAAUGUGGAGCCCAGUUGUUUUUUUCCUGUGUUGUAGCCUACACUGAGUGCUACCUCCUUGCAGCCAUGGCAUAUGACCGCCACGUGGCAAUCUGCAAUCCAUUACGUUAUUCAGGAGCUAUGUCCAGCUCUCUGUGUUCCGGUCUCGUUGCUGGCUCUUACAUAGGAGGGUUCUUGAAUGCCAUAGCCCAUACUGCCAACACUUUCCGUCUGAGUUUCUGUGGUAAAAAUAUCAUUGACCACUUUUUCUGUGAUGCACCACCAUUGGUAAAAAUGUCUUGUACAGACACCCGGGUCUACGAAAAAGUCCUCCUGGGUGUAGUGGGCUUCACGGUCCUCUCCAGCAUUCUUGCCAUCCUGAUUUCCUAUUUCAACAUCCUUGUGGCUAUUCUGAGGAUCCGCUCGGCCUCAGGAAGGCGCAAAGCCUUCUCCACCUGUGCUUCACACCUUAUCUCGGUCAUGCUCUUCUAUGGAUCCUUGCUCUUCAUGUAUUCAAGACCAAGUUCCACUUACUCCCUGGAGAGGGACAAAGUGGCUGCCUUGUUCUACACCGUGGUCAACCCACUGCUCAAUCCUCUCAUCUAUAGCCUGAGAAACAAAGACAUCAAAGAGGCCUUCUGGAAAGCUAUGCAGUCUCUAAGGCCACAGAGAUAA